AUGCCACCCCCAACACCAGCAGCACUUAGUCUGGACGGGGAGCGCUUUCGCCGAAAGCACCUCUCAUUCAUUCUCGGCGACAUUGACGGGAUGACGGCCUUUAAGGCGGCUGUGGGCAGUACCCCGGGGCGCGUGCAUCCGAAUGUUGUCCGGGCUACUCCAUUCUUUGCAAACCGUGGCCCCAGCCGGCGAAUUGGCACGGUCAUUAACACGUAUGCGCUAACCUUGCGUGCCGUCAACGACACUGAGAACCGCGAGCUUGAAAAGCUCUUCUUCGAUGAAAAUGCCAUUCUGCUACCUUUGCGCCUCGCGUGCUGCGCAUGCACGGAGGCACGUGUCAAGUGCUUUGCAAGACGAGAGGGGGCGGGAUACGUGUGUGCUGCCACCAAGAAGGCCUUCCAAGACGACAAGACAGUGCUGCAGUGGGUUGCGCACUGGCGUGAGAGCGCACCAUACGACUCGUGCGGAAGCGAGGCCGAGUGGCUUGCCGAUCUUGACGAGGUCAUCACUGUCAUGCGGAUCAAUGCACCCUCACAAACGGAUAGGCAACAAACGGAGCGGCGCUGGCCCGCAAACACAAACGCUGACCAGCUCGUCCGGGCAGGAGUUGUCGGCGAAACAGACCUUAGGCACGAUGCGACGGCGCCCCAGCAGGACGGAGAAGACAGUGAACCACCGCGCAAACGCCGACAUGUCUCUCCGGAUGGGCUGGAGCAUCGCGACAUUCGUCCAGCUCCGCGACGAUCCAAUGAAGGGCCAUCCUUCCGCAGCGUCAGCGGGCCAUCACAUCAUCGCUCCGUCUCAACCACCAGCCGAGAACACGAGAGCCUUCCGAGUCCAGCAACAACAUCCCGUUCCGCCAACUCUCCCCUCGAUCCCGAGCAUCGAAACCCACACAUCAGUAUCACAGACGCUCAUCACUUGCACCACCCUUCAAUGCAUCCAGGACCAAGAUCCCGGUCGACAUCAUACUCAGUGCCGUCAUCGCAUUCGCGACCGCCUUACCCUUCACAACUGCACCCCAACGCCCAACCUCACUUCUAUCCACAACCACACCCACAGCACUCCCAGCAUUCCCAGCAGCCUCAAAACUCCCAGCAGGGUCAGCAACGAACAGUCUCCGCCUCCAGUUCGCGUUUGCGUGCAAACUCACAUCAACCCUCGGCCCUCCCCCUAGCCCACCCACAUUCCUCUCAACGAGUGAGUGCGGGGCCACGAUCCGCAUCUUACAGUCAACCCUCCACACCUAAAGUGCCUCACCAGCCUCAAGACGACGAGAUGGUCGGCCGCGCAAAGGAGUACUUCUACACGCUGCAGGGGUACCUGGACACAGCGCUCGCCCUAAUCCGCGCCGAUGAGGCUGCACUCGCUGCCGUGGGCGGUGGUCUGGAUCAACUGGAUCGCCGCAAGGCCGAGCUUCAGGAGGAGCAGAAACGACUCAAGAUUGACAUCCGCGAUCGCACAAACGAGGUGCGGCGCAUGCGGGAGGAGAUGCUGGCAUUGCGCAACGAUACUCGGGUCUGGCCGAACGAAGAGGGCAAGGGACGCGGCAAUGGCGUCUGAGUGUCCGCCUCAGACGGAGCAGAGCAAUGUGCACGAGCCAGCCCAGCGUAGAACAGGGGCAAGGGGACGCGGUGGCCAAGGGCAGGAAAAGCUGCGCACGCGCAGACUAGAGCAUAGACGGAGAUUUAGAGAGUCAGAAGGUCUGUGCGGUGUCACAACCAAUGGGCCAGGAGGAGGCGGAAGGGAUGGUCUGUGGG